AGUCUAUCGUUGUCUGUCUGCGGUGCUGCACUCGGAAACUCAGGCAACACCUCUGCGGUCUUCUCCGAUUCUACCUGUUGCGCAUCUUUAAGUUUUUUUUUUAAAUUUUAAUUUCACUUUCAAAGGUUUCAAAAGUCCAAGGAAAAUCAAAAUCAAAAAAAACUUUGAAAGAAAUUGAAUUAAUAUAAUUGCGCGUGUGAUUGCUAAAGCCCCUAAAGGUUUAGCUCCUCGGCUUCUUUUUCGCGUGUGAGAUCAUCUCGCGAUCGAUGUGCCAUCGAAGAUUGGUUUUGUGAGGAGUUAAGUGCUGUGUCGCAAGGAAGAAAUCCAGUGUGGAUGAAGAUGGGAUUUAAACAGUGUACUGAACGCAUAACAAUAAUUGCAUUUCACGCAAUCUUAUUAACAUUUUUAGUCAUCAUUGCAACUGCCAAAGACCUUCCGGGCUCAGAGUCUCAGAGUGAUAAAUUGCGUGUCUGCAUUUUGGAUGGACGCGGCUCAUUCAACAAGUCCCACAAAUACUGCCCCAUCCUCGAGGAAACCUCCAAUAUUGAGUGCGUAAUUGGCGUCGAUCGUCUCGAUUGUGUGCGUCGCAUCCACAAGGGAUCUGCUCACUUUGGCGUCUUCUCUGCUGAGGAUCUAAUCGCUGCACGAUGGGCUGGCGUGGAGGUGCUCAUCACGAAUGAAAUGCGCUUCAACAAAGAACAUUUUGAGUACGAAAUUGUUGCUGUUGUGGACAAUGAAGCUGGGAUUAAUACUCCUCAUGAUCUGAGGGGAAGUAAAUUCUGCCAUCCUGGCCAUGGACUUCACAACCACUGGACUGAAGUCCUUGCCAAUUACUUUGAAUCAAUGCUGGUGGCUAGGCAGUGCGAUGAAGAUCUCUCACUGGCUGAAUCCCGCAUUAAGGCUUCAUCGAAAUUCUUCGGACCUUCCUGCAAGGCUGGCCCUUGGGUACCAGAUCCAAUUGAAGAUCGAAUUCUGAAGAAACGCUAUCCUUCCCUCUGUCAGAUUUGCGGCAAUCCUGACCACUGUGGCAUUGGAGAUAAGCACUGGGGACGCCGAGGUCCACUGUACUGCCUCACAAGUGGAGCUGGAGACGUUGCCUGGGUUCGCUUAGAUGAUGUACGCAGUCAUUUUGGGCUCAGCGGCCUUCCAGCUGAAUCAGAUCCCGCAAGUUUCAGCCUCCUCUGCCCAGACGGGCAUCUUCAGCCAAUCAACACGAAGUACCCAUGUGUCUGGGUAGCCAAACCAUGGCCAGCAAUUGCCGUCAAGAGGGAGUAUUCUGAGAGAAUUCAGCAAUUGCUCGAACAGCUAUCGCACGAUGAUCAGAAGAGCUGGCAGAAUGCCCUGCUGAAUCUCCUGGAAACCUACCACGUCGACGUGACUCCCAUGGAUAUUUCCAUGCCGAUUGAGGACUACCUCGACAGGGCAGUUGGCUUCCAGGGAUCCUACUCCUUCCCUUCGUGCAAUCCUCCACGUUCCAUUGUCUACUGCACCACAUCCAUCAUUCAGCAUGCUAAAUGUUCCUGGCUCCAGGAAGCUGCAUCUGUCUAUGGGAUUGAACCGAAUCUCCAGUGCAUCCGAACAGAGCAUCUUGAUCGCUGUAUGGAUGAUGUGAAGCAUAAAGUAUCAGACGUUGUUCUCGUGUCUCAAGACGAUAGAAUUCGCGCCCAGAGAGAUUAUUCCCUCAAACCUAUUCUCUAUGAAUUCUCAUCGGAUUUUGAGAAACGCUACGCUGUGGUUGCUGUUGUGAAGACUAAAUCCCACAUUAGUAACUUUGCUGAGCUUCGUGGGAAGACAGCAUGCUUCCCAUCUUUCGAGGGAGCUGCCUUUCUCUCAGUCGGAGAGACUCUUCUCAAUCAAUCUCUAAUUAAACCAUCCUGCCAUCCAGCUGGAGAGCUGCAAAACUUCUUCUCCGGCAAAUCAUGCCAUAUACAGGCUGGCAAAACGCAAGCCUGUGAGCCAUAUCAUGGAGAUGAGGGAGCUCUGCGUUGUCUAGCAGAGGGACACGGAGAUGUAGCCUUCAUUGGCAUUGAAACGUACAAAGACUUUGUCGAUGGGAAGCUUCUGGGCAGUUGGAGUCGUGCCGUGAAAGUCAAUCACUUCAGUCUUCUCUGCCCAUUUGGCAGUACAAAAAGGAUUCCAACGUGCUACCUUCACUGGACGGCGCCAGGGCAUCUCAUGAUUCACAACAGCACCAAUUUGAUGCGCCGGAAUGAGAUCUACAACUCCCUGAGGGAUAUGGAUCGCCUAUUUGGGAAGACGUUCACCACGAAAACUCAGACUUUCACCCUCUUUGGGCCGUUCGACAAGAAGAACAACGUUCUCUUCAGGGAUACAACUGACGGACUUCGAGGAUCAGUGGACAUUAUGAAGGAUCGUGCAGAUCGCAGCCUGGAAUCCGUCUACAGUCACUAUUCCCAUAAGAAAUGCAUUUCAAGUGGAAGUUCGAGAAGAUUCCAGCCUUCAAGCGCUUCCAUCCUCGCUGGAGGACUUUUGAUUCUUCUCUUCCUCCGGAAAACCCUCCAACUAACCAGCUGAAUCUCAGAGAAGCCAUCCCUCUCUUUGUUUCAUUGCCCCUUCUUUUUUGUAUGCAAUUUUGUCGAGAGAAAAUGUGAUAUUAAAUCAUUUAAUUUAUAAGCUAAAAAAA